CAGGCAGGUCAGAUGUGACAGAAUCCGUGUGAAAAUGGAAGGGGAUGCUGCUUCUCCAAACUUCUUGGGGGAAAGUAAAGCUGGAUAUGUCCUAAGUAAUGUUGCCGAGGUCGUGGAGAGGAUUUUGACAUUUGUCCCGACUAAAAAUCUAAUCCGGAUAGUAAGUGUGUGCAGGCUAUGGAGGAAUUGUGCACGCAGAGUCCUGAGGACGCAGCAGAGACUGACCUGGCUCUCUGCCUCUGGCUCAUCCAUAUACGAGGAGCAUGUUUUGCUUAGAACUAUGGCAGAAGACUUGGAGAAGAUCUAUCUGCUGCCCCAGACAGCUCUCCUAAUGGUGGAUGGGGAAAACUUCAGUUGGCCUUUUAGUUACAGACACAAAAAGGCCAGGAAGUGUGAGGAUGAAGUAGAGUCAGAUCCUGUUGAGAAGCUGAGAUGCUUACUGCCUAGCACUUGUGAUGUAGUAGGCAUUGUCGCAUCAGGAAUUGUGGUGACCCCCAGUGGUUUACCCAGCAGCCCCCCAGAAGAGCACGAAGAUGGUGAAGCUGGCUUCAGUCUGCUUUUCCCUGCCAUGGAUGGGGUCACCAUCCGGCCUUUUCACUUCUGCAAAAAGAGCCUCAGUGAAUCGGCAAUGGAGGAAGCAGGGUUGAUCAAUAAUCCUUAUCUAAAGGUGGUGCUGAUGUUUGACUAUGAGACCUGGAAAGCUGGAGGUGGGCGCUUUCUUAAAAAGCUACUGGAACCUCUUUCUCAAAAUAAUGUACUUAUUGUUGGAGGACAAGUUGAGAGGGCCUUUUCCAAUAACACAACCUGCUGUUCUCUAGGUUCUUUUGGUGCAGUUGGACUGACCUUCAGUGGCUCCAAGAUCCAGGGUGCCUCAGUGCUGGUGGACCAGGACGUAAGCAGCCCGAAAGCAGCAGAGGCCACUAUCCAGCGGCUGAAGGCUGCUAAUAUCCCAGAGAGAAACACCAUGGGCUUCAUGUUUGCCUGUGUGGGCCGUGGCCACAACAGCUACAAUAACCAGCGUAACGUGGAGGCCAGCGCUUUCCGGAAGAUCUUCUCCAACAUUCCACUCCUGGGAUUCUUUGGCAAUGGGGAGAUUGGCUGCGACCGUAUUGUCAAAGAGAACUAUACAUUGAGCGAGACAGAUGCUGAUGGACUACAACACUCUUUUACUACAGUCAUGAGUCUGGUGCAUUUUGGCUAACACAAACUCAAAACUGAGACCGUUGUCACGGCAAAUGACUAGGAAUCCCCUUGUUAACUUGGUCUUUCAGGACAGAUGCCGGCUGCUUGUUUAAGUUAACAGAGCAGGUCCGAUGGUGAUCAGGUAUAAUACUCCUAGGUUCUUUCCUUUUGACUUUUUUUUUUUUUUUUUUAAAUCAGGAUGUCAGUGGGACAUUCAGCAUUAAAAAACAACAAAAACAAUUAGGGAAGUGAAAACCGUGGGUACAAUUUUGAAAGCAUGUGAAAUCUGAUGUCUGAAAACACUGUCGUGUUCUCUUACACCUUGUUUGGAAAGGUCAUUACUUACAGAACGGUUCUGAAGAACAAUUAGGAUUUAGUUUGAAUGGCAUGGUGCUAAACCUUGACCUUUGCCUUCAGUUUAUACAUAAAACUUUUUCAUUUUGUAUGUGUAGAGCACAGCUUAAAUCUGUCAACCGUUCAGUUUUCUUGUGGGCUGUAUGGCUCUCUCAGGCCUUAUAUACAAAUCGUUUGUAAAAUUCAGGCACUUUUGAAAAAAAUGAAAAGGUAAUUGUGAAGGAAUGGCUAAUGAUGUGGCCUUUCAUCAACCUUGGUACAGCUUAUGGGACUUUGGUGGGAAUUCCGCUAUCUUCACUUCUGAUCUUACAUGUUCAAUAGCAAGUGCUAGAAAACUGCAGGAAGAGUAUUCACAAUGAAAGACAUAUCUGGCACAUAUCUAUAUACUGUAACAAUUGACUUGCUUGCAUCUUUUAGUGUCCAGAUUGGAAUAAUAAAGGACAGAAGCGGAAAAAGUGGAAUUUCUUUGUAAUAUAUCAUUGUAUUUACUCUGCCUGUCCCAAUCAAAAUCCAGUUUAAUUCCAACUGGGUAAUCCUCCAUUUCAAUAUUCAUCAGUUCAGUUGAGUUCUUCUUAAAGGUUAAUCAUUUAUUCUGUUCACUAGCUAAAUAACACAUUUUGUUGAUCACAGAUAAGUGAAGUCUCAAAGGGCUAUUUGCCUGCAUUGUGGAGAUAUAUAUUUGCUGCAGUAUUUAGAAGGUUGAUUUAAACUGUUUUUGCCAAAUCUUUUUUUCCUAACUUUGUUCGGAUCAUAUAUAUAUAAUACUUUGCUUUAAGGAAAGUAAGUUUUACUACUGUCACAUUUUUAUGGCAAUGUGUUGGUUUUUCUUCAUCUGCUGCUGGGUCGUGCAGAUAUCAGCCCAUGAGGUCUGCAUGUAUAUAAUAAAAUCAAUGGUGUCAUCUGUU